GUAAAUGCCACGCUCGUGAGUUGGCGGGUAUAAAUUUGUCGCCGCACGGUGUAGUUUGGCACGCUGAACGGCGUUGGCGUGUUGGUCAAGCAGCGAGUGCCACCGACAUCGUCGAACUGUGUAAGAGCGUCCAGUCCAGAAAUGCAAGACUGUGAGGCACAUUGCAAUGACCGUCUCAAGUUUUCCAGGGCAUUUUAGGAGAUCGCAUCGUGGAAGAGAUGCAGCCUUUUGCUUCAGUUCCACAAGCAGUAGGGUAUUUCCGCAUCCGGUGUAGGUCAGUGUCUCCCCCAACCACUGCAAACUACAUAAUGAAAAGGCACACGGUCCUUUCACAAAAGUGGAUGCGUGGUGCAGGCAGUAACCACGGUGAAACAUCGAGGUUCAGUUCAACAGCCACACCACCAGGUCUCGACCCACCACGGCUAACAACAAAAGAUGUCAAAAACGGAACAAGAUCACAGUUGUUUGGAUGUAGAUUGAACGUGUUCCCUUCCCUCCUGCUAAAAUGUUGCACCCUGUGCAGUCAGUUGUUUAGCUGCAGCACGUUUUCAGGUGCAAAGAGUCAGAACCCCCGUGCUUCCCAAGACAUUUGAUGUGGUAUUGACAUGCAUUCAGGAAUUUAUCGCGUUUCUUGAGGUUUUUUGGCUUGCCGCUUUCACAGUUGUUGUCUUGAAGGUGGCUAAACCGAUUUGCUUUGGAGCUGGAAGGCUGGCAGUCAGUCUGAAAUUGUUGGAGGCUCCAUGUUUAACUUUCGUGAAGCAGUGGCGAAAGACAGUUGGAUCCAAGUGGUCGAUGGAAGGUCCUCAAGUCGACGACAGCGUUGACAUGCUUGAAGAGGCUGACCUUGACCAGCGACAGAGGGAGAUGAUGGAUGUAAUCUCAGCAGAGCAAGCAGAGGCGCGCAAGAUCAUGGAUAGCCUUCAACGAGUUGGUCAAGUCACUCUUCUGAGCUUGCUACACGCAUUGCGGACUCACGGCACCUUCGGAAGGAUUUGGAAGAAGUUGAACAGCGACUUGGCCUGGCGAAAGCACGGCCAGAAGUGUGUGGUCACUCGGGGAACCGAUGAUCAAGGAAGGUGGAUUUGUGAGCCUUGGACGUAUCACAUAGAUGCGAAUUUCUCCUCUCUUCUUCCCAAGUACAAGCAAGCCGCAGGUUUGAAUGGCGUGGGUGAGUCAAGGGUGGCAGUUUGUGUCCUCGGCGCACCUCGGACAGUGGUGAAGACCUACCCAUCUACUCGAGAAAAUGUUGUGCGGGCGCUUUCCGCCGAUACCUUCGUCUAUGCGCAUCCACUGGCAGCGGCUUCCGCCCUGCGGUGUCCCAGGCGCCGCCCCGCCUAUAGGCGCCAGCUAGGCUGGGGUCGGCGGAUGGUGCCAUUCCAAAGCCUUUUGACUCCAGCCUUGGAGGAAGAUUUGAAAGGAUUGGGUGAAGCCGUUACAGCCAUUUUAGUGCCGGAUGUGGACCGUGACACCUUUGAGGCACGGGUGAUCAGCGAGCUGAAAGACCCAAAGUUCAGAUUGUUCUAUGGUAUGGCCAAAGGGCCAUGGAGAGCUCCUCUCUUUCGACAAAUGGGGAGUAGUAUGUGGGGAUAUCAUAACCAGCACGGCUGUCGAAGGAUGGUGGAAUCAUUUGAGAACCAGCGUGGGUGGCAGUAUGAAUGGGUGGUCUUUGCACGAGCGGAAAUGUUCUGGACGCAGAGACAUCCACCUGUUGAGGUGCUGGACCCAGCGUACGUGCACAUACCAAUGGGCCAGGACAACAACAACUACAAUUUCAACCCCCUCAAAGGUGUCAACGACCGUCAUGCUGUCGUUCCAAAGCGCUGGUUCGAUGCCUACUUCAAUCGCUAUCAGUCGAUUCUGGAUGGCAGCGCUUGGAGCUACCUUGCCAGAGUCGCACAGGAAGGGUACAUGAUCAACACAGAGCAAUACUUGCUCCUGCACUUGGAGGCCCACAAGGUGCAGAUCCGGCGCUUUCCGCCCGUGUCAUUUCUGUCACAUUGUACAGAAGGUCCGCAGUGCCAGCACCUGUACAAGGGCACAAACCUUGGAAAGCAACGUUGGACUCCAACAGCAAAGUACUUCACUGAAAUGCUGGAAGCGCGGCGCACUACAGUGGACGACUUUCACAAGGUUCGACGGCUGGAGUCUGGCUGGAUCUGGAUGCCUGUUUGGCCUCACGUGGCCUGGAUCUGGGGGAUCGUGAAGAAAGACGAUCGGAAUGCUUCCCUGCAGGAUAUGGAUCCCAAAGAGCUCCUUGGCUCGGAUGUUGUGUGCGGUUUGUCCAAGCACGGUGCAAUCUCAAGCCUGCGGUGGAUCUUUUUUAAGAGAUGCGAGUGCCAUGCCUCGUAGUGGCCGAACAUCGGCCUGUUGUACAUAACGCCAAAGAGGUCAGUGCACGGAAUAAUCCAAACCAUACUUUCUAUUUAAGGACCGCACUAGAGGCUACUAGUAACAGGGCAUCGCC